UGUUUUAAUUUGCUCAGCCAUUUUGGUUUCAAGUCAAGGUCUCACCACAUUGCUCUUAAAUUUUUCGAAACAUGUUUCUUUAUUUAAUUGCAUUUGUGGCUGCUUUGAUCACUAUUUUUGGACUCCCCUCUUCGAGGAACUCGCUCCGCGAUUUUUCAAACUCUGGAUAUAAUCAGUUGCUGGAACACCUAUUGCCUGCAUUUAGAGCACUAUUGCUUCUGCGAAAUGAUGAAUUUCCUGUCAGCCAAGAAGCUCCUGGCGCUGAGGGUGAAGAGGAACGCUUUAUAAAAGAAGGUAUUCUCUCUGAAGGUGAAUCAGAGGAGGCACAAGCUGUUUCAAAAUCAAUGGACGAAAUGUCAGAUGUCAAGAAAAAUUCCACUGAAAGCUUUACUUUCGACUACAAAGCUAGAAGAUUCGAUUCUAAUCCCGCUGAACCUGAAAAACAUGCUGAAAUGGUUCCACAAGAUAUGUGGAAUAUUUUGAACAAAAUACCAGUUCCUAGUUCUGAACAAACAAGACAUGCUGAUUAUUUGUAUGAGGCUCUUUGGGAAGAAUCGAUGAAAGUGGGCACUAGACCCCAAGAAAAUGUUGGCCACAAUGAUAACUUUAAUAAAACAAAGAUAAUCGACGAAGCUACAUUUGAAAAAAUGUACGAACAACAAAACCGACAAGUUAAUAAUGAAGAUAGAAAAGGGCAUCAUCUCAAAUAAUUCAGAUAAAAAGCUAAUUUUCUAAUCAGAAAAUUAAAAAAUCCAGCACAAUAAAUUUUUAUAAGCACAGCCUCAAAUGUAAAAAAAAAUGUAAAUAAA